AUGUCAUUGACAAAAAGGAACCAUGUUGAGACUCCUGAAGAGGCUAAAGCAAAGUAUAGAAGGUUUUGUUCAAGAUUAAAUAUAUGGCUUCUAAAACAUGAUACAAAAAUUGAUGAUAUCGAUCUGAUAUUUUUCCCAAUCCAUGAUGUAGACCACUAUUAUGUUGUCUGUUUCAACAUUAAAAAUCCAUCAAUAGAGAUCAUUGACAACAAUAGAAUUGCAGAUGGCAGCAAUGCAGUCUAUGAUGGAUUACCGGAAUGCUUGCAACAACAUUUUGUGAGCUACUUGGAAACAAGCAGUCCGGCCAAGAGUAAACAGUUGGGCAGCGUUUCAAUUGUUCGACUAGAUAUGAAAUGGCGAACAAUGUAUAACAAGGUGGAUUCUGGAGUGUUUGCCAUUAACCAUAUGGAAACCUACAAAGGCAAUGGAUUGAGGAACUGGGAAUGCAAAUUUGCAUAUGAAAAGGGAGUUCAACAGAAAAAACAGCUGGAGAAGGCAUGCCAGAUUUAUGCCUCAAAGAUUAUAUAUUCACCAAUAAAUCUGUACAAAAACAAAAUGGUGAAUGAGAUCAAGUCGUUGUGUCAACCAAGAUGA